UUUCGGCGGCGGGAAAGGCGGUGGUUGCUGUGUGUGUGUAGUGGGGGUGGGGGGUGGACUGUCAGUCUCCGGAUCGCUUCUGUGGCCUGGUGCUGCUCGCCGAGAGUGUGGGGGCGCGUCCCGGGAUGAUCCUGAGCCGGGCGCAGUACGGUCAGAUCAGCCGCUACCUGGAGAGGCUGCGGCCCAACAGACAGGGCCUGAAGCUGCUGAUGGAGCAAUUCCCCAGUCAAUCGCAGUCCACUCUGCUGAGCAUCUUCUCCCUGGAGUACCAGAAACGAAUGAAAAGGACACAUGCAAGACAUCAUACAACUGAGGCUUGUGAAACUUACUACCAAAGGUACCUGAGUGGUGUGAUGAACAAUGCAGCUGCCCCUGUUCUCUUCGAGCUGGCCAAUGAGAUGGACCUAGCUCCUUCACUGAUGGCGAGAAUUGUGCUUGAAAAAUUCCUGCAAGAACGUGAACAGAUUAUCCCGAGCAAACCUGUCAUAAAUGGCAUGUUAAGGGACCCAUCUCAGAUUCCUGACAGGGUUCUAGCUAAUCAAGUCUAUCAGUGUACGGUGAACGACUCCUGUUAUGGACCAUUGGUAGACUGCAUCAAACAUGCGAUUGGACAGGAGCAUGAAAUUCUGCUUCGUGAAAAGUUGCAAAGAAAAGGACUGUCCUUUUUAGAUGAAGAUCAAUUGCGUGCUAAGGGCUAUGACAAAACUCCUGACAUAAUUUUAGAGGUACCAGUUGUUGUUGAAGGUCAUGUGAUUCAUUGGAUUGAAAGCAAGGCCUCAUUUGGAGAUGAAUACAGCCACCAAUGCUACUUGCAGGACCAGUUCUGGAGCUACUGGAACAGAUUUGGACCUGGAUUAGUGAUCUAUUGGUGUGGAUUUAUUGAGGAGUUGGACUGUCACCGUAACCGUGGAAUCAUACUCAAAGAUUGUUUCCCCGAAGACAUCGUAACCUUGCACUGCACCAUGGCCAAUACUGAACGCGGAAGGGAUAGGUGAAUCCGGAAGUGAUUUUUCCUUUCUGCAUUGGGAAUUACUGACAAAAUCUUGACUGAACUUUUGUUGAACUCCUGCUGCCCUGGGUCACCGUAAUACCUCUUUAGAAAAACACAUUCAGGGUUUCUGCUUUAUUUCAGCAACACGCUUCUGUGAGCAGCCAAGAACUUAAAGACAUGCACCACUCAUUAUCAGGAUGCCCGUCUGUGUCAAUACUUUGUAGAUAGUCUUAAUCUUUCCAACUUCCGAAUUCUUUUCUCCAAUCUGAAGGGUGAAAAUUCAGAUGCCAGAAGGCACUAUUCGAAGUUUGUUUAAUUUAUUGAAACGUUAAUUGUUAAGGUUUAUUACUGUGUUGUGAAUUUAUAGGAGAGCUGUUUUUAUGAUAUGUUAAACAAUUGUAAGAUGGUUUAAAAUGCUUUAAUUUCGUCCAAAUUGGUUUACAAAGGGUAUUAUAUCGUAUCAUUGCAAAAUUGUCAUAAUUCAUCAAAUCAGCAGUCUGAAUGCAUAAUGCAUUAAAACAGAAGGAAUGAAUUCCUGGCAGUUAGAUUCUUCAAACAUGAUUUCUAGUUCAUAGCCAAGAACAUAACUUUGUUUUCUGAGCGCUCACAUGUACAAGAUUUUGGGUUCACCCUCAAUAACCUAACAGCUUGACAAUAAAUGUAUUUAAAGUAGUUUUAAUUGUAUCUAAUUGCUGCAUACGUCCAGCAAAGGUUUCUUAAAUUUCAGAGAGCUUAGUUGAGUAUGUUGUCUGCAUCUGAUAUUGAGCUGAUAUGCAUUGUCUACACAAAGAUCCAGGUUUGGAAUUGCUGAAAGAAAUGUCAAAUCUGAUAAGCAGUGUACAACUGGUUCUGCAGCUGCUGUGAUCAGAUGCACAUAUUGUUCUCCAAUCUAUAUAUGUAACUAUGGUUUUAAUCUUCCACAAUUUAAUGCACAUGUCCAUGUAUCAGUUGUUUUUUUUGAGGGGAUAUGUCACAUUAAUUUUAACAGCAAUCUGAUUUUAAAUUUUCCAGAUUUUUCUCAAAGCAUUAUUUUGUAAUCCUGCAUGCAUAUCUUUCUUUUCAGCCCAGCUACUGUGCAGGCAAGCCAGCAUAUAUCAGUGCUGAUCCCCAGUUUGUAUAAGGGGGAGGGCUUGUGGCAGAAAGAGUUUCCUGCUAUAAAAUCAUGUGUCAAGUCAAUCAAAUUAUAGUCUAUAUCAAGGUGAUCAACUGGUUUUUGAUGGCCCCAUGUAGUACACGAAAAGCUAAAAGAGAAGCAAUUCUUUGCUCCCUUUGUUAGAAUUAUGAAGUUAAGGGUUUUUUUAAAACUGUCUUUCAAUGUUAAAGAAAGAAGUUACGUAACCUGUUCUGCAAUCCGCCUGACAGUAAGCCUCAGUACCUUGAUUAUUCGUGAUCAAAGGGAGGUAAGAUUAUUUUACUGAGAAACAGAUUCAAGCUAUUUAUGCUCUGCAACAAUGGCAGAAGCCAUUGAAUUAACAGUAGAGACUGAAUUUCAAAAAUUUCAGAAAUAUUGAGAAUGUCAAGUUAUAAGCAAUUGUGCUUUAAAUUAUUCAUUUGGUUCGAGCAUUAAAAAAGUUAGGUUCUGAAGAACUACUAAUCACAUUUCUACAAUCUGAAUGCAAUACUAAUAUCCUUCAAGUCGGCAUGGAGAAGAGGGCAGAGAUUCUUAAGAUCUGGUUACAGGCUUCCUUACAAGUUGAUGAAUAUUGUAGUUUUUUUGUGGUCAACAGAGAGAAGAGGCUACUUGACUUUGUUAACCACCACAAUUGUAUAUCUCUAGUCAAAUAAAUGCAUCCACAACCAUCUAAAGAUUCUGGGAUAUUUGUAUUGGCAUGGACAAUGCAGAAGAAUUUUAAAGGCAGAUUUGCUGCUGGUAGUGAAUUUAGGAAAUUCUGCAAAAUCUAAGGGAAGUACUUAGAGGUGGUAACCACUCAAAGUUACAACUGGGGCGAAACCAGGGAACAUGAGUACAUUGAAAGUUGGGAGACUGUUUCCUAAAAGGACUGUAAAUCUAUGGGGAAUAUGAUAUGUUAUCAGUAGAAAGGUGAAAGGUUUAUUUCUGUAAUUUAAUGCAUGUUAGCUUUUUUAAAACGUGUUUAGGAAAUAGUGAUUUGAAUUAUU